ACCUGCGCCACCAUUACCGACCAAAGCAGUCACAGAAGGACCAAGUAGGACAUAUUCUGCACCGUCAGUGACUGAGACAGAAGGUUUAAGUACAGUACCUGUAAUGACUGUCAAGCCUAGCCCAUCAAUGUCAAAAACAGCUGUUCCGAGCCGUGUGUAUGUCACACCAACUGAUGAAUCCACGCAAGUUAUAAUCACCCCAACACCCACACCUCCACAUGUGACUAAAAAACCGGUUGUACCCAUCAAACCAUUAUAUCCAUCCAAGGAACCGCCACGUACAGCACUUCCUGGUCCUACACAGAAACCAAAUCAAAAACCCCAGUUGAUGAAUCACAUUGAUAGGGUAUAUGCAUAUGAAGGUGAAAUGCUGGUCUAUAGAGUUCCUGAAGAUACAUUCUAUGAUGAAGAAGACGGAAGUACAAGAAACUUGAAAUUAAUGUUACUAUCCAUUGAUGGUGGAAUACUGCAUAAAAUGUCAUGGAUCCAAUUUGACAGCUCCUCACAAACUAUUUAUGGUUUGCCAAUGGCUGAACAAGCUGGGAAGCAUGAAUAUGUCAUGACAGCUAUAGAUAGUUUUGGUGAUAUCGCCAGGGAUGCAUUUGAAGUGGUAGUUGUUGCAAGUGUGAACAAGCCAAACCAUGAAUUUAGCAUCACAUUAUCAAACGAUUAUGAAGAAUUUGAAAAUGAUGUGCAUAAAAAGUUGGAUUUGAUUGAUAGAAUCGCGAAGCUUUAUGGAGACGAUUCUGCUGAUACGAUUUCCAUUUCAUAUUUCAAAAAAGGUUCAACUAUUUUUGGCUGGAGUAACAACACCUUACCACAAGAGCCAUGCCCUGAAACAAAGAUAGGUGAACUCACUAAGUUAAUACGUGAUACUAGCAAUGGAAUUGAAGGUGAACCCAGUCAAGCUUUGAAAGAUGCAUUGGCACCGGAAUAUGAAGUUGUGAAUAUUGGAUUCAAACCUCUUGGUUCCUGUACUGAUGGAUACUCUGAGGGGACAACAGCUGAUCCAAGUGGUCCUGAUGCUGCUGAAUCAGCAAAGUCCACUUCGGAAGAUGAUAUUUGGUUGAUUACAAUUGUACCUGCUGUUAUUUUCGCGGUAGUAGUACUUAUAGGUGGACUGAUAGCAUUCUGUUUGUAUCGUAGAUGCCGCAAAGGGAAACUCUCUGAUGAAGAUAAACAUACUUUCAUCAGUAAAGGCAUACCAAUCAUAUUUGCUAAUGAACUUGAUGAAAAUGACAAACCUCCUUCUUCAAAGACUCCCUUGAUUAUGAAGGACGAAAAACCCCCGCUACCACCGGAAUAUCCCGGUAAAUCAUCUCCUACGACGCAGCCUUUGCUUUCACAUGCACCAUCUUCAAAGGGGGAUGAUAUUGAUGAGGAGGAGGAUCCUCCGUACGAACCGCCACCGCCCUUUUCUUCAUCACCAGACAGCCGCCAAUCAACUCCAAGAUACACACCAGCAUAUAGGUCUCCUCCACCAUACGUCCCUCCCUAAUGAAGACCAUACCAUAUGCGGCUGCUUUCAAAUCCAAAACUUGCAAAAACAACAUAUGCUGGAAUACUUGUGCCAAUCGUUGUCUGAUUUCAUCUAAAAUUAAAUAAGUGUUGAUAACCUAACCCUGCUAUGAUGGGAGAAAUCCAUUGAAACUCACUAAACAUUAUUAAGGUCAUUGUAUAUCAAACCAUUUCUAUACUAUACAGUCAGCACCACCUACAUCAUCAUCUUAUUGUAAUAACAUUACUUUAAUGCCCAACCAGUCAGUCAUAUAUCAACCAACUUAAUCAGUAUGUGGACCAAAAUUAUAUAAAACUGGAGUUGUAUACUGUAUUUUGUAUACUGCAUAUUCCCAGAUGGCUAUUUUCCAUAAUUACCACAGUAAUUUAUUUAUAAUAAAUUUCUUUAGCUGUUUGUAGUUUAAAUAUGUUAAAUUUGUUUGACCAGUGUGUUCAGAUCAUUGUGUCCAUUUAUAUACCUCAAACUGGGUCAGUGGAAAUAUGUUUUAUUAUUAUAUUGUGAGUUGUAUUUACUCUAAGUAAUGAAUAAAUUCAUCCCCAAAUCUACCUCUGGUAUGCAAGGUCAGAGACAAGUAGGCACCUCCUCCUCAAUUCGUUCAGGUUUAUAUUUGUUUCCAUUUGUUCGCACAUUACCACUCUGUACUACAAAUAUAUUUUUACAGUUUCACACCAAUCCAUAUUUAUUUGAUCGAUUCAUGUAAUCUUGUUUUGAUUGCCAUCUGGGUGAAAAUGGUUUGAACUGAAAAACAAUAUACUGAUCUAAAAUAGAUUAUUAUUGAGAUAAUCAGUAAACUAUGAGUUAAUACUUGUUAUAUCGUGACUAUAAACAAAUGAUUGGUUCAUAGUUAUUAUAUUGAAAUGCAAUAGUGAAAAUAUUAAAAAAAAAGUGUUAUGAUGAACAGACUUUAAGGUAACCUGGAUGUACCUGUAAGCAGCUUUGAAGAUGCCUUCCAAAGUGAUUUUUAUAAGUGCCAUAUUUUAUAUUCAUUAUUAAUGUUACCUGUAAUAUAGCUAAAUAAUGUCUUGAGAAUGCAGAACAGUAAUCCAAACAAUAAUUUGAUUUCAUUUUAACAAUUGUUAAUACAAAUUAUUUU